AUGUGCUUUUUCUCGUUGGUUCCUGUCAGACAUGUUUCCUACGCCAGAUUGAGCCAUAAUGAGAAAAAGCGUGUGCUUUCCAGCCUAAUUGUGAGGUCGGCAUUCCGUUCUGCGCCACCCAAUAUUUUGGUCAAUUCCACCUUUGAUGGCAUCGACUCCGGUGAUCACCGAAUGUCGUUGCCCUCUGACAGAUUAGAGCUAGCUGAUUGGUUGCUUCAGGAUAUUGCGACGGAGACUAGUGCUCUAGGGGAGAGUGUGGAGGUAGAAGAUUAUCUCAUAAAGCUUAAAACAAAUGUUUUGGGAUCCUUUGGUGACGAAGUUGAAAUGUCAGCAAUGAAUGAGACGAAUGGAGUUGGAGUAGAGCAUAAUUGCUCAGACUUGACCAAAGAAAGUGAGAUUGAGUCUAUAGCAGGAGUUGAAACUGAUUACCUCACAUCAAAGGGAUCCAGCCGACAUCAAUCAAAUUCGACUUUUUUAGAAGAAUUUACUGAAAAUAUCCCUCCCUUUUCACUUAAUGGAAAAGUAGAAUCAAAUGAAACAGAAGUUCCUGUUAGUAACGAUGAUGCUGUCGCUCAGUUAGGAGGAACGGAGGCGAUUUCGGGAUACUCACCAACAGAAAGCUCUGACGUUAUUGAGUUAUUAAAGAGAAAUAUCUUUCUGGAGACUAUUGAAAAUGUGAUUAAUGAAGAUUCUGAAAGGCUUUCGAAUGAACCUGAUGCAGACACGAUUGCUAUCAAAUCUGUAGAAACAAAGGCCAUUGGCAAGAAAAGAGUCUUGCUUCCAGUCUCUGGGCCUGGGCCGCUUGCUUUAAUUGACCUUCCAGAAGCCGGAGUCCCCACAAUCCAUCAUCGUACAAACAAUUUACUUUUUUUCCCAUCAAGGCGACGCAAUAUAGGCACAUAUUCUUCUGGGGAAAUUCGCAAAUUAUGUGAACCCACUAUGGCCGAAACAUCCACUUUUGGCAUUGAAACGAUGAUUCUUGCUUCUAUUGCUCCGGAAAGCGAAUCAUUUUCGAUUAAAAGGCCGUUGGAACGAAUGGUUGGACGUACUAGACUGAAGAAAAAGUCAUACGAGUCAGAGUGA